UGUAGGUCGCGCAUGUCGGCUCAAGACGUUUCUGAGAUUGUUCGUCUACUCCGCUAUGAGGCGCAACGCAGUCUGCAUAGCGGCUGUCAUCUUGUGUGGUUGCAUGCUGGCCAGCGUUCCCAGGUUGAGCAGUCGAGAUUCGGUGCGAUAUGUGCUGCCCUCCCUGGGUGCUUAUGGCACAGCAGGGACCGACCGCGCGCCCGAAAGCCGCGGCCCAGAGGCCACCACCGACGGGAGACAACCGACUGGAGAUGCACUGCAACGUCAGGCUGGAACGGAAGUCGCCGCGCAGGUCCCGGCGGGCGGCGGCGGGGGUGCAGCGGGCGGCCGCGCGCCCGAAGCCGGCGGCCCGAAGGCGCCCGAAGCCACCAGGUCGAAGGAGGAGGCGGGCCAGCAGCCCGGGGCGGAAGUCGCCGGGCCGGUCCCGGCGGGCGGCGGCGGGGUUGCAGCGGGCGGCCUCGCGCGCGGGCCAGACGGCCCGGAGGUGCUCGACAGCAAGCGGUGGACCGCAGAUGAGUUGCGCGAGCAGCCUGAGAGGAUGCGUUUUUUUCAUCCACGAGGAACUCAUGGCUCCCAGGGCGGAGCUGAUGCGCUGUUGGCUGCAUGAACUGCUCGGCGUUCAUGAGACCAUGAUCGACGUGGACGAGAAGGUGGGCGUCGGUAUGGCAGAGCAUUUUCACGAGUGGGAUUUGUUGUCGCGUUUUCGAGAGCAUCCGCAGAGAACGUUCGACGUGGAAUCAGCUCAUUUACAUGUUGUAUUCCUGUUUCAAACUGCGCCCGAUCAGAAAAUUAAGCAGUGCAAGAAUCGCUCGGGGUCAGGUAACCACAGUCUCCAGGGUGGAUAUCUCCUUGAGCAGAUGCGGCUCCUUCCAGCUUUCCAGCGGCGGGAGAAGUUCGCCAUCAGCCACCCAUCCUUUAAUAAACCUCCCAUGUGGGUAAGGGACGCCUUCUUUGAUUCGAGGCACGUUAUGGUCCUGGAAGACGACUUCUGGUUUGGUGCUCCGCUCGUCAAAUGCUUGCAGGUACCAUAUGUUGCGCAUCGCCAGUUGGAUGCUGUGGCCCGGGGGAGCACAUCCAGUCUUCAGGAGGUUCAGGUUCGGAACAUAACUUUCAUGUUCCAUGGCAAAGGAUAUCGAAAUGCAGAAGGGAGAAACCGAGGUAUUCUGAUGAACAUGAUUCGGGGGAAUUUUAGCGACACGAGCUUGGUGGACUAUUCUUUCGAGCGCGACAAGGACCAGGCCGCCCAGUUCAGGCAUAUUCGCGAAACGGCGCAGAUUUAUCUAAUCGCUUCGCUCAUUCCGCC